AUGCAUGGCGAUCUCGUUGCCCGUGCUGCUCGUGCGGCGCAGAUUGCUUUACAGGGCCAUGGCCUCCGACGCUCUCAGCAGCAAUCCCAGCAACAACAUCAAUACCAACAACAGCAAGCAACAUCCCAAGCUAGCCAAUCCCCUCAACCUCAUGCCCAGCCUCAUGCCCAGCCUCAAGCGCAGCCGCCGCAUCAGCAGCACCAGCAGCACCAGCAACAGCAGCACCAGCACCAACAACCGCAACAACCACACCAACCACAACAGUCACAACAGUCGCAGCAGCCCACUCAGCCUGAUAACCAAUACCUUCAUGGCUAUACUGCUGCCCAGCAGCCCCAACAGCCUGCCCAACAGCAGCAUCAGCACCAGCACCAGCACCAGCACCAGCCCCAACAGCAGCAUCAACAGCCGCAGCCGCAGCAACAACCGCAAUUUCACCAUAGCCCCACCCCUCCUAGUGGAUAUCAUCAGCAACAGUCUAGUGGCCUCACCUUCCAACAAAGUCCCCUGCAAGCAAACUUCCAGCAAUACAAUCCAAAUGCAGCACAGGCCAUGCAGGCUAGGCACAACGGGAUGUCUUCCCAACAACAGGGCUAUCUUCCAGGCAUACCCCACGCCUCUCAGUCGCAACCGACCCAAGUCCUCUACGAGCGAGCUCGGAUGGCGGCAUCAGCAAAGUCUUCACCCACCAGCCGAAAGUCCGGUCUCCCCAGUCAGCGGAGGCCUUGGACCACAGAGGAGGAGAAUGCCCUGAUGGCUGGUCUUGAUCGAGUGAAAGGUCCGCACUGGAGCCAGAUCCUAGCCAUGUUCGGUCCCGGUGGAACUAUCAGUGAAGCUCUGAAAGACCGUAACCAGGUGCAGCUCAAAGACAAAGCUCGCAACCUAAAGUUGUUCUUCCUGAAGAGCGGGAUCGAAGUGCCUUAUUAUUUGAAAUUCGUCACUGGUGAGCUGAAGACUCGUGCGCCUGCCCAGGCUGCCAAGAGAGAGGCCCGCGAGCGUCAGAAGAAGCAAGGUGAAGAGGAUAAGGCUCAUGUCGAGGGCAUUAAGGGCAUGAUGGCUUUGGCUGGGGCACACCCGUCGCCCGUCCAUGGACAUGAAAUGUCCGCCUCGCCCAGUCUGCCCCCAGACGCCAACAGUCAAUCUGUAUUCGACCAAACCGCUGAACAGAACUUAAUGCAGACGCUCAGCCAAGAGGUGCACGGCAGUCAAUAUCCUCAGCACCACGCCGCCACGCCCGACCACAUCGAUCCCCACAUGCAAUUGGGACAAUAG